AAUGAGCGAAGAAGAAAAAGUCAAUCAAAUCAGUCCUAAUACAGUUAAUGAAUUAGUGAAAAAUGAUAAAUAUGGUCAUUUAAUUUAACUUUACUUAAAGAAAGAUCCAACUAGGUAUUAUAAUACUCUACCCUAUUAUAGAAUUAAAAAGUAUAAUAGUAUACAAAAAUCCAAUAAAAUAUAUCAUGUCAAUCAAGAUGUAGCUGUUUGUGCUCUAAAUGAUGAUAUCUAUUCAGCAAAACUAAUUAAAAUUUAUUGCAUCAAGGAUCCAUCAAAUACUUUCAUACCCAUUAUUUAAGUUUAAUGGUAAUUUAUAUCUCUAUUUCAUUAGGUAUUAUUCUAAAUAAGAUCUAAAAAUUGAUCAGAAACUUAUUAAAUGUAUUUCUGAUAAAGAACUUUUCUUUUCUACUCACUCUGAGUAUUUACCAGCAAACAAAAUACAAGUUGGAAUCAAAGUAUUAACUUUUGAAGAAUACUCUGACCUUGAAUUUGAAGAGGAAACAAUCUUCUUUAGUAGAGCUGCCAUAGAUCUUGAAUCCAUGGAACCUAGACCAAAUAUAAAGUUAUGGAAAAAGAGUUGUGUAUGUUAAUUACCUUAGAACCCUGAUCUCUAAAUGAUUCAAUGUGAUGAAUGCGAAAACUGGUUUCAUUUAGAUUGUGUUGAACUUCAAGAUCAAGAUAUUACAAAGAUUGAUAAAUAUUUAUGUCCAAGAUGCAGUAAAUGA